UUCUUCUCGGCCAUUCCCCCAGUGCACCGGGCCCAGUCGCCCUUUCUCUUGCCAUCAAUUGCAGCGACCGCUCCUGAGCACUUCCUCCACUUUUCAACCCUUUCCAUCUCUUCUUGCAUUCGCUGCAUCGACGAACCGGUGGCUACUGUUACAGAGGGCAUCGCCUGCCGCACUCCCUCACUCAUCUGCGACCCGCGACCGCCCGUCGUGUCUUGAUCUUCGCAUUCGGCUUUUUCCCAGUUCCUGCGCCAGGCCUGCAGCCCAUCCUGCUGCUGCAUCAUCAAACCCGCCCGUUCUCCUGCCUCCAUCCAUCCGUCACGCUACUCUCGCCCACCAGCAACCAUGACUGCUGAGCUCCGCAGAAAGCUGGUCAUCGUCGGCGACGGUGCCUGCGGCAAGACCUGCUUGCUGAUUGUCUUCUCCAAGGGUACCUUCCCAGAGGUCUACGUCCCUACCGUCUUCGAGAACUACGUCGCCGAUGUCGAGGUCGAUGGAAAGCACGUCGAGCUGGCCCUUUGGGAUACGGCUGGUCAGGAGGACUACGACCGUCUGCGGCCCCUGUCGUACCCCGAUUCCCACGUCAUCUUGAUCUGCUUCGCCGUUGACUCCCCCGACUCUCUUGACAACGUCGGCGAGAAGUGGUGCUCUGAGGUACACCACUUCUGCCCUGAUGUUCCGAAGAUCCUGGUCGGCUGCAAGAAGGACCUGCGCUACGACCCUAAGACCAUCGAGGAGCUCCGCAAGACCAGCCAGCAGCCCGUCACCCCCGAGCAGGGUCAAGCAGUUGCCAACAACAUCAAAGCCACCAAGUACCUCGAGUGCUCGGCCAAGACCAACGAGGGUGUCCGUGAGGUGUUCGAGACGGCGACACGGGCCGCUCUCCUCAAGAAGACCGGGAAAAAGAAGAGCAAGUGCCUUAUCGCUUAAGCGUUGACCGAAUCGGAAUGGCAGUCUUCCUGUUUUGUCAACCAGCUGUUGCCCGACUUCGAACUUCUUUACAACACAGGACGGCCCCCUCCCCCCUUCUCACAAAGGGUUUCUUCACCUCUAGAACGGGAGAUACCAGGAUCCCUCACUUUUAUCUCAGCCGGCCAUAAUAUCGUCGAACGGGAAGGAUCCGCGUGCCCCAGAGGAUCGCAAGCGGACAUUCAUGGCGAAUGACGGGAAAUGAGAAUCGAUUUUGGCAGUCACGAGCCGGGGAACGAGCGGACGCAGUCAUGAGCAUCGUGGAUUAAUCUGGGAUGACUGCCCAUGCAAACCCCAGUCUCGGCUGGGUUGGGGAAGGUUUGGCGACACAACAGCUGGUGGGGUGGCAUGCUAUAAUCCACACGUCCUCUUCCCUUUCUAUCUUAUGUUUUGUUCUCUUGUCUCAGAUUACUUGACGGUACUGCGGUUUCCGAUUCUCGUUUUUCACUCUAGCUAGCUAUCCAUUUAUUUGUCAUCUUCUGCUGGACCUGGCCCUCGUGCCUUGUGCUUCUCUCGUGGUUGAGUUUUGGCUCUGUUUGGCUUUCUGGCUGACGGGCAAGAUUAAUCUUCAAUUUUCAUACUUUGCUGGACACCAUCACAGUGUCCGACUGGCUCGCUCUGCCAAGAUACCGUAAGGUGCGAGCGGUAGCGUGGGGUUCCCGCCCUGGCAAACUGAAGGUUGCUGGAGAACGGUGUCACGGAUGCCUUGCUUCAGACGGUACAGAACGAAAUACGAACUCAUAAUCGCCUUU